AAGUGGGAAUAUACUUUUCAAGCUUUUGCCCAAAGUAUUCUCUCUUUGCAAUCGAUCAGUGGGUUAAGUGCAGUGUUCGAGUGUUAUUGCGUUUCUAGACGCAAUGGAUCUGAAAUUUCAUCUGCUCGUUUUUAUGAGCUGUUUUUUAUUAGAGGAAUUUGCUCAAUCAAUGAUCAUUUCUUCUGACUGCUAUCCUAAUAAACCACAGCAGUGUGAUAAAGACAGCUUAAAUAAGGAAUGGCCGAAGUCCAAGACGCGUUUCUUAUUGUUUACAAGAAAAAAUCCAGAAGUGCCAGAGUUGUUACAUUGGUGCAACGGAACCCUGCCAAAGAACACUAACUUCAAUCCGAACAACAAACUGGUGGUCUUUAUUCCAGGGUUUAUGUUCGGGACAUGUGAAGUUGAGACUAUACCUGAAAUAAAAGACGAGUUACUGGUAAAAGAAGAUAUGAAUGUUAUCCUGGUAGUUAACGUUGAAGAGUAUGGAAGAGAAUUUCUUACUGCAAUGGAAAAUGUCGAAAAGGUCGCCAAUAUAACAACACAACUUCUUCGAAAUAUUCAGGAUAAGACUGGUAUCAAAAAUGAAAAUGUGCAUCUAGUUGGACAUAGUCUAGGGGCUCAAGUAUCUGGUCUUAUUGGGCAGCAAUUCCGAAUUCACAGAAUUACAGCAUUGGACCCUGCUGGUGUUACUUACACGAAGGACUUACCUUUACAUAAGAGGUUAGAUCCAGAUGAUGCUGACAUUGUUGACGUGAUACACACAAACGGAGGAACGGGCUUACCAUACUUUGGAGCUUAUUUUCCAAGCGGGGAUGCAGACUUUUAUGUAAAUGGGGGCGCCGAUCAACCAAGUUGCAAGACAAGUGUUUUGAAAGGAGUUACUAAGCUUAAUUUUAUAUAUGUGAUUGGAUUGACUUCAGUUCCAACUAUUUGUUCACACUCGAAAGUCUUGGACUAUUACAAACUUACCAUCAACUCUCCCCAAAAAUUUGUCGCUUACGCUUGCAGUAGCUAUAAGACGUUCAAAACUGGUAAUUGCACUGGAAAAGGAGCAACAACCGCUGUCAUGGGCUUUCAUUUCGAGGAUUCCUUCACACCAGAACAGAUGAAGAGAAAAUUUCCUAGAAAGUAUUAUAUUGACACUGACGAAACAUGGUCAUUUUUUUAAUUUUAUUCCCCUAAAGAAGCGAUAUAACAGGAUUGAUAUCCAUUUUUAAGUAUUUUAUCGCUUCAUUUCAGUAUAUUCAAACUUUGUGUUGAUUUUCUUCUUGAUAUGCUUUGUGUUUUCUUUUUAUGAGGUUUGAAAUAUUACCUGAAUAAUAAAGGGUUCGCCACGA